AUGUUUGCAAAGAUUGAUGUUAUUGUUGUAUGUUCAUCAUCGGAAUAUUUGUUUAAGGCGAUUUGUGAAGCUGGUGGAGACUCUGUGAAAGCUUCUUUCGAUGCAGAGUCGAAAAAAAAACCAGAAGCGCCUGUCAUUGCUGUUAAAGCUGAUGGACAACUUGCUUCAAAAAUGGUUUACUUUCUUCCAUGGAAAAUGCCUCCUGACGCAUCUCUUCUUCGUAAAUCUAUUGAAAAAUUUGUCUCAGAUGCAAUGGACAAAGCAGUCACAGAAACAUAUCAAAGUAUCGCAUUUCCAGCUAUUGGCUGCGGUAAGUUUGGAUGUUCAAUUAGUCUUGUUGCUCAAGCGAUGAUCGAAGAAGCUCAUCAGAAAUUACAGAAACAUGCUAUUUCGGUUUCGUUUGUCAUACAGUCAGAAAGAACGGAUAUUUAUGAUGAAUUUCAAAAGCAAAUUAAUUUAUUACAACAACAGCCAACACAGCCAACUGAACCAGUGAAAACAAUAUCUGCAACUGUUAAUAAAGGAACUAUUGAAGUUGAGAAGGAUGAUAUAACAAAACAAAAAGUAGAUGUUAUUAUUGGAAGCUCAUCAUCGGAAAUCUUAAAACAAGCAAUUAUAAAGGUAGCUGGCGAUGAAGUUCAGAAGGCAUACAAUGCCGAAUACAAAAAUAAUCCAAAUGCUAUAGUAAUUUCAACACCACCAGGCACCUUACCUUGCAAACGAAUUUUUUUUGUUAAAUGGCAACCUGAUAUGGAUGAGACGAUACUUCAACAGUCACUGGUCGAUCUAAUUUGGACUGUCAUACAAAAUGUAAUAUCAUAUAAAUUUACCUCACUUGCAUUUCCAGCUAUUGGAUGUGGAAAGCAUGGCUGUUCUGUAGGUGUUGUAGUCAAAACAAUGGUUAAAGAGAUGAAAGCUCAAUUGACUAUGAGAAAUUUACCUUUGGUAGUGAAAUUCGUGAUACAUCCAGACCAACAAAAUAUUUAUGAUGAAUUUUGUAAACAACUAUUAACAACUGAAGAUGAUAUUAGGAAAUCAGUUAAUUAUGAGCUGCCUCCAACAUGGGAGAAAUCCAAGGAAAAUAAAAUGCGUUUUGAGUUAUCAACUACAUCAAAUGAAUAUAAAUCCAUCUUAACUAAUUUCGAUCAAGCUAUGGCAGGAAAAUAUACACAAAUAUUACGAAUAGAACGAAUUCAAAAUGAACGAUGGUAUAUACAGUAUUUAGCACAUAGUCGAAAUUUUCAAAAUCGUCUCAACACAGAUACUGAAAAAUGUCUAUAUCAUGGCUGUCCUGAACAGGCAGCCAGUUCAAUUAUGGAAGAUUGCUUCAAUAGAAGUUUUGCAGGAGUCAAUGGAACAGCAUAUGGUGUGGGUGUUUAUUUUUCAUCAAAUGCGUCUUAUAGUCAUGGAUAUACCAAGCCAAAUGCAAAUGGAGAAAGAAAUAUGUUCUUAGCACGAGUUCUAGUUGGAAAUACAAGUCAAGGUAAUAGUUCAAUGAAAACUAGACCUGUUGGAUUUGAUUCAACUACAGAUGGAAAGCAUAUUUUUGUCACUUAUCAUGAUGCUCAAGCCUACGCCGAAUAUCUAAUUACUUAUAAAUAA